AUGCGUGAGAUUCUUCACAUCCAGGGAGGACAAUGCGGGAACCAAAUCGGAGCCAAGUUUUGGGAGGUUGUGUGCGCGGAGCACGGGAUCGACUCCACCGGAAGGUACCAAGGGAACACUGAAAUGCAACUCGAGCGAGUUAACGUGUACUACAAUGAAGCGAGUUGUGGAAGAUUCGUACCUCGAGCUGUGCUCAUGGAUCUGGAGCCUGGGACUAUGGACAGUGUCAGAUCUGGUCCGUACGGACAGAUUUUCCGGCCGGAUAAUUUCGUUUUUGGACAGUCCGGUGCCGGAAAUAACUGGGCAAAAGGUCACUAUACUGAGGGAGCUGAGUUGAUUGACUCGGUCCUUGAUGUUGUGAGGAAGGAGGCAGAAAAUUGUGACUGUCUUCAAGGGUUUCAGGUUUGCCACUCCCUUGGUGGUGGAACUGGUUCUGGAAUGGGUACACUUUUGAUUUCCAAGAUCAGAGAAGAAUACCCUGAUCGAAUGAUGCUUACUUUCUCCGUUUUCCCAUCUCCUAAGGUAUCUGAUACAGUUGUUGAACCUUAUAACGCUACACUUUCAGUCCACCAACUUGUUGAGAACGCCGAUGAAUGUAUGGUUUUGGAUAAUGAAGCUCUCUAUGACAUUUGCUUCCGCACCCUUAAACUCACCACUCCAAGCUUUGGAGAUUUAAACCAUUUAAUUUCAGCCACAAUGAGUGGUGUUACAUGUUGUCUUCGAUUCCCUGGUCAAUUGAACUCAGAUCUUCGCAAACUGGCAGUGAACCUAAUUCCUUUCCCUCGUUUGCAUUUCUUUAUGGUGGGUUUUGCCCCACUCACUUCCCGUGGCUCACAGCAGUACAGAGCUCUCACUGUACCUGAGCUGACCCAACAGAUGUGGGAUUCCAAGAACAUGAUGUGCGCUGCUGAUCCUCGCCAUGGUCGUUAUUUGACAGCAUCUGCCAUGUUCCGUGGUAAGAUGAGCACGAAGGAGGUUGAUGAGCAGAUGAUCAAUGUCCAGAACAAGAAUUCAUCAUACUUUGUUGAAUGGAUUCCCAACAAUGUGAAAUCAACCGUCUGUGAUAUCCCUCCAACUGGUCUUAAAAUGGCUUCUACGUUCAUUGGUAACUCAACAUCUAUUCAAGAGAUGUUUAGGAGGGUGAGUGAGCAAUUCACAGCUAUGUUCCGUAGAAAAGCUUUCUUGCAUUGGUACACUGGAGAGGGUAUGGAUGAGAUGGAGUUUACUGAAGCAGAGAGUAACAUGAAUGAUCUUGUUUCUGAGUACCAGCAGUACCAAGACGCUACUGCAGAUGAAGAGGGGUAUGACUAUGAAGAUGAGGAAGAGGUUCAGGAGGAGGGAGAGGAAGUUUGA